AUGCAAAACCAGACCACAGUGACUGAGUUUACCCUGACGGCCUUUCCUCUUCUUCAGAAGCUUCAAAUUUCCCUUUUUGUGGUCCUCUUGUUUACUUACACACUUACUCUAACAGGAAACAUUGCCAUCAUUUCCCUAAUAUGGGCGGAUCAUCGCCUGCAAACCCCAAUGUACUUCUUCCUCAGUAAUUUGUCACUUUUGGACAUUUUUUACACCACCUCAGUUACCCCAAAACUAUUAGCCUGUCUCCUGCAGGACAAGAAGACCAUAUCUUUUGCUGGCUGCAUCACCCAAACUUAUUUCUUUUUUUUCUUGGGGACAGUGGAGUUUAUUCUCUUGGCAGUGAUGUCCUUUGACCGCUACGUGGCUAUCUGUGACCCCCUGCACUACACCACCACCAUGAACAGCAGGGCCUGCCACCUACUAGUUCUGGGCUGCUGGGUUGGAGCCUUCCUGUCUGUGUUGUCCCCAACCAUUGUGGUAUCCAGAUUGCCUUUUUGUUAUAAGGAAAUUAAUCACUUCUUCUGUGACAUUGCCCCUCUGCUACACAUAUCCUGUAGAGACACUCAUUUCAUCGAGAUGAUAAACUUCCUCUUAUCUUCCCUCGUCCUCCUUACCUCAUUGGUGCUCACUACCAUGUCCUACAUCUACAUCAUCUCUACCAUCCUGCGUAUCCCCUCAGCCCAAGGACGUCGGAAGGCCUUUUCCACCUGCACUUCCCACAUCACCGUCUUUUCCAUUGCCUAUGGGAGCAACAUCUUCAUGUAUGUGAGGCCCAGCCAGAGUCACUCACUGGAUUUUGACAAGGUGACAGCUAUCCUUACCACAAUGGUGACCCCUCUUCUGAAUCCUUUCAUUUAUAGUCUCAGAAAUGAAAAGGUAAAGGAAGUCUUGAAAGAAGCAAUCAGCAAAAUUAUGUCCUCAUAGCACAGGAGAACUUAAAACUAAGUUUUUUGCUCAGAAUGGUUAUUUUCAACUCUGGCUCAGUGCGGAGAAAGACAGGUUUAGACACCAGAAAAUCAAAGGUAUACAGGAGGGUAUGAAUAGGCUCAGUGCCGCAUCAGAGGAAAAGCAUUGUAGUCACAGUUUAGAAGAGACAAUUCAGCCAUAGAGAAAAUAACAUGCCCUGAACUCUAUUAGCGAACGACUGCACAGUUGUAAUAUCAUGGAUUAAUGAAGAAUACUAAACUAAAACCAAAAAAACCUAAAUUUUAAGCUGGCUUUAUCACUUUUUUUAAUCAAGUGACACUUAACCUAUCUAUUUGUUUUUUCAUCUGUAAAAUGGGGAUGUUGUGCUUUUUCUUUUUGUUGUCGUAGGCUUAGCAAGAUAGUCUAAGAAAUGGAACCACAUAAACAAACACUUCCAAACACUUCUGCUGGGUCUUUUCGGAUGUUGCACAGAUUCAACCCUGACAGUUAAAUAUUAUAAUAACAAUAACAACGGAAAGUAAUAACAUAAUAUAGGGUUUGUACAGUGUACUUAAAUAUAUAUACAUGUAUUUCAUCU